AUGGACCUGCUAACAUUUGAUAAGGACAACCAUGACCGUAUUCAGGCAGUGGAAAACUCAUUUGGUCCUUCAGGGAGUUCUCUGUCCCAGCCGGGUCGGAUUCUGAUAGGAGAGGGCCAUCUGACGAAGCAGGGUCAUCGGAAAACACAGCCUAAGGCCUUCUUCCUCUUCAGUGAUGUUCUGAUGUACGGCAGCAUCAUCCUCAGCGGUCGCUGGCAUAAAAAUCAGAAGAUUAUCCCUCUAGAGAACAUCCAGCUGGAGGACAUGGAAGAUGGUGUAGUAUUUAAGAACCAAUGGCUGAUACGUACACCAUGCAAGUCUUUCUUUGUGGCCGCUCCUUCACUGGAGGUUAAGCAGGCCUGGAUGGAGCACAUUGAAGAAUGUCGGUCCAACCUGCUGCAGUGUAGCAGCCGCCAACCAGGGUCUACCUUUGCUGUUUCCUGGAUCCCAGACCGCGCCUCCUACAAAUGCAUGCGCUGCUUACACAAGUUCACUGCAACCAACCGUCGACACCACUGCCGUAAAUGUGGCUUCUUGGUCUGCAAUUCAUGCUCCAAACACCGAGCAGUGAUAGGACACAUUCACCCCACUAAGCGGUUGAGAGUCUGCAAGCUCUGCCACACGAGCAAUGAGGAAGUGGCUGAGGAGAUACCUCGCCAAAGGGGAGACAGCACUGAAAAGAACAGCUCAGAGGAGGAUGAUUUGGCAGCAUCCAGUGAUGAAGAGGAGGUGGAUGAGGUGAUGCAGGACCAGCUCCCAGCAGGUGGCUGGACUCCAAGAUGGGGCCAGAAGGGUACCUAUGUUUACGCAAAACCAAUGCAUCUGCAGCCUUAG